AUGCCCGCCGCCACUUCCGCUCAGGUUGCCGCCGAGAACGCCAAGAGCGUUAAGGUCCUCGAUGAGCUCAUGCAGAAGCUCACCAUCUCCAAGGAGGCUGAUGCCAUUAAGGAGGCCUCUGCUGAGAUCGCCUCGUUCAUCAAUGGUCGCAUCGAGGAUCUCGAUACGCCUGUCAAGACUAUCGAGGCCCUCCAGAAGAAUCUGGCUAACAAGAAGGAUGCCGCUGCUCGCGAGAAGGCGCUGCUUGCCAUUCAGGCAAUUGCUCAGCAUUCUGAGGUUUCUGCCCAUGUCGAGCCUUAUCUCGUCACCCUUCUUCCCAGUGUUCUUGCUGGCGCUGGCGACAAGAUCACCGCCGUCAAGAAUGCCGCUAUUGCUGCGGCUCUGGCCAUCGCAGAGGCCAUCAACCCUAACGCCAUUAAGGCCACUCUCCCUGCUGUUGUCGAGUCUCUCCGCAACGCCCAGAAGUGGCCCGAGAAGAUGACCGCUCUGGACUUCAUCGAUACCAUUGUCCGCACCGCUCCAACUCAGACCGCUUUCCGCGUCCCUGAUCUCAUCCCCGUCGUCUCCGAAGCCAUGUGGGACACUAAGAAGGAGGUCAAGGAUCACGCCUACAAGACGAUGGAGAAGGUGUGCCAGCUCAUCGUCAACAAGGAUAUCGAGGAGUUCAUCCCCGAGCUCAUCAAGUGCAUUGCCAAGCCUGAGAACGUCCCCAAGACUGUUCACUUGCUUGGUGCCACCACUUUCGUCACUGAAGUUCAGGAGCCCACACUCGCCCUCAUGGUUCCCCUGCUUGACCGUGGUCUCGCUGAGCGCGACACUGCCAUCAAGCGCAAGUCAGCCGUCAUUGUCGACAAUAUGUGCAAGCUCGUUGACGAUCCAAACGUCAUCGCUCCUUUCCUUCCCAAGAUGAUGCCCGGCCUUCAGAAGAACUACGAGAACCUUGCCGAUCCCGAGGCUCGCGAGAAGACCAAGCAGGCUCUCGACACCCUCAUCCGUGUUGGCAACGUUGUUGACGGCAAGAUCCCUGAGGUCCGCAAUUUGGGCGACAUUGUCACCAUUACCGGCCACCUCAAGGACAUCCUCGGCAGCAAGCACGCUGGUGCCUUUGAGAAGUUCGGCCCUGUCCUCGAGUACGCUGCCGCCAUUGCUGGCCAGCUCGUUGACGAGAAGGUGGCCGACUCUGCCACCUGGACUGAGGCUGUCAAGCCCUAUAUCACUGUUGUCGUUGGUGAUGAGGAGUCUCAGGGCGUCGUCGACUCGCUCCGCAAGCGUGCCAGCGCUGGUGCCGGCAUUGCUGAGGACGUUGAGGAUGACGAAGAGGAGGGUGAAGACCUGUGCGACUGCACAUUCUCCCUCGCCUAUGGUGCCAAGAUUCUUCUCAACAACACCCGCCUCCGCCUCAAGCGUGGCCAGCGCUACGGUCUCUGCGGCCCCAACGGUUCUGGCAAGUCCACCCUGAUGCGCGCCAUCAACAAGGGCCAGGUUGAGGGCUUCCCGCCGAAGGAUCAGGUCAAGACUGUCUUCGUCGAGCAUGACCUGGAUGCUGCUGACACUGAGAUGACCACCAUUGAGUGGACAAUGAAGAAGCUCGAGGAGGCUGGUGUCCAGACCACCGUUGAAGAGGUCACUAAGCGCUUGAACGAGUUUGGCUUCACUGAUCAGAUGAUCCAAAACCAGAUUACUUCACUCUCUGGUGGUUGGAAGAUGAAGCUGGCCCUCUGCCGUGCCGUUUUUGAGGCCCCUGAUAUCCUCCUCCUUGACGAGCCUACCAACCAUCUUGACGUCCAGAACGUCAAGUGGCUCGAGAAUUAUCUCAUCAACUCCCCUUGCACCUCGAUCAUCGUCUCUCACGACAGCGGCUUCCUCGACAACGUUUGCCAGCACAUCAUCCACUACGAACGCUUCAAGCUCAAGCGCUACAAGGGUAAUCUCAAGGAAUUCGUCCGCCGCGUCCCUUCUGCGAAGUCUUACUAUGAGCUUGGUGCCUCGGAAAUUGAGUUCACCUUCCCUGAGCCUGGUUUCCUCGAGGGUGUCAAGACCAAGGCUAAGGCCAUCCUCAAGGCCACAAACGUAACCUUCCAGUACCCUGGCACCUCUCAGCCCCAGCUGCGCGAUAUCACCUUCCAGUGCUCUCUCGGCUCCCGUAUUGCUGUCAUCGGUCCCAACGGUGCUGGCAAGUCGACUCUCAUUAACCUGCUCACUGGUGAACUGAUUCCCACUAGCGGUGAGAUCUGGGCCCACGAGAACAUCCGUAUCGCCUACAUCAAGCAGCAUGCCUUCGCCCACAUCGAGAAGCACCUGGACAAGACUCCUUCUGAGUACAUCCAGUGGCGUUUCCAGACUGGCGAGGAUCGCGAGACUAUGGACCGUGCCAACAAGGUCAUUACCGAGGCUGAUGAGCAGGCCAUGAACAAGAUUUUCAAGAUUGAUGGCACUCAGCGCCGCAUCAUCGGCAUCCAUGCUCGUCGCAAGUUCAAGAACAGCUAUGAGUAUGAGUGCUCAUUCGCCCUUGGCGAGAACGUUGGCCAGAAGAAUGAGCGCUGGACGCCGAUGAUGACUGCCGACAACGCUUGGUUGCCCCGCAGCGAGCUGCUGCCUUCUCACCAGAAGCUCGUCGCUGAAGUCGACAUGAAAGAGGCUCUGGCUUCUGGUCAGUUCCGCCCUCUGGUGCGCAAGGAGAUUGAGGCUCACUGUGCCAACUUUGGUCUCGAUGCUGAGUUGGUUUCUCACUCUCACAUGCGCGGUCUGUCCGGUGGUCAGCGUGUGAAGGUCGUCCUCGCUGCUUGCACCUGGCAGCGCCCUCACCUUAUCGUCCUUGACGAACCUACCAACUACCUCGACCGCGACUCUCUCGGUGCCUUGUCCAAGGCCCUCAAGAAGUUCGAGGGUGGUGUCAUCAUCAUUACUCACAGCUCCGAGUUUACCAAGGACCUCACAGAGGAAGUCUGGGCCGUCAUGGACGGUAAGAUGACUCCUUCGGGCCACAACUGGGUCCAGGGCCAGGGUAGCGGGCCCCGACUCAAGCAGGAGGACGAUGAUGAGACCGAGAAAUUUGAUGCCAUGGGCAACAAGAUCGAGGCCCCCAAGAAGGCCAAGAAACUCACCAGCUCUGAGCUCCGGAAGAAGAAGAAGGAGCGCAUGGCCCGCCGCAAGCGUGGUGAGGAGGUUUUCAGCGACGAGGACGAGUAG